AUGGGAAUGAAAUCUAUCAUAUUCUUGUUGAUCACCCUUUUGGUUGGUGUGUUGUUUGUGGCACCACAAGCCAAUGCUCAGUCGUCUCUUAUAAGAAUCACUGGAACUGUAUUUUGCUCUCUCACUGGUGCUCCUCUUCUUAAUACGACAACUCCAACUCCUGCUUUUGCAAGUGCUGUAGUCCAAUUAACGAUGCUCGGGAUUCCAAUAGGAGCGCCAGUAACAACAGAUUCGCUAGGACAGUUCAGUAUAGGCUUAGUUCCAUCUGUGGUUACCUCUAUAACCAACCUGGCAUCAGGGGCCACCGUUGUUGUUCUUACACCCCUUACGGCUUGCGAUUCAACCCUCCCACCCAACUCCUUCCUACAAUCCGUCUCCCCAUUACGUUUGCUGAGCACCACUCCUAUCAUUCAUUUGGCUGUCGGAGUAUUCCGCCUUGUUCGAGUUUGA